UUCCCACAACAAAGUUCUCUAACUAGAUUUUCUCCAAAACAGAAGUUUCAUUACAAGAUCUCUUCAUCAGUUCCUCUACAUGGGUUUAUCAAUCAAUAUGAACCCAUCUUCUCCUGAGCCUCAAUCUCUAUACCUAACCCACAAAAUCUUCCUCCUUUGCAACUACAUUCUAUUGGGUGCAUCUUCUAGCUGCAUCUUCCUCACUCUCUCGCUCCGCUUAGUUCCUUCCGUUUGUGGAUUCUUCUUUAUUCUCCUUCACAUAAUCACAAUCUCCGUCGCCAUUUGCGGGUGCACGGCGGCCACAUAUGGAUCCAACAAAUGGUAUGCUGCUAAUAUGGUGACCACCGUCCUAACAGCCAUAUUUCAAGGCUCAGUGUCCGCAAUGAUCUUCAUGGAAACAAGCAAUUUCUUGGGAUUUUUGAAGUCUUAUGUGAGGGAAGAGGAUGGUAGGGUAAUAUUGAGAUUGGUUGGUGGGUUGUGUGUGUUGAUUUUCUGCUUGGAAUGUGUGGUCUUAACACUUUCAUUUGUGUUAAGAUACCAUGCCUUUGUGGAAGGAAAUUUGGGGUCUAAGGGUUCUAUGGAUGUAAGAGGCAGGCCUCUUUUUAAUGUUUAGAGUUGCAUAUUUGUUCUCUUUGUGGGUUUGUAUGAGACCAGACAAUUCUUUCACUCUAAAAUGUGAUAAACUAUUUGUACUAUUUUUUCAUCAAAUUAAUUUUCUUUCCCCUUCUAAUA